UCGUGCAUUUCUAUCCCUAAAUCGCUGAAACUGAAGUACUGAUCAAAUAUUACUUGCAUUUGUUUCACUUCCAUCAGAAGUGUUUACAGUUCAAAAAGAAAACGUGACAGCAAACUUGAACACACUCUGCCGCCCAUCAGAAUUCAGAAGAGAGCCCCGCGAGGCCAUUCUCCACAUCGGUUUCCCUCGGCCCGGAGGCGGCGGCGGCGCCGCCGAUGCAGCCCUUCUCGCGGCACACCGGCUUUUUCGCGUCCCUCAAGCAGGUGGAAGAUCGAUUGGCGGCGGAGGAGCAGCACGAGAGACCGCCGGGGCCGCGGCAGCCCGAUGCGCCGCCGCUGUUCUCGGACACCAUGUCCGCGUCCCCGCUAUUCCUCGGCGCAUCGACGGCCACGGCCACCGACCGUGGCAUCGGCAGCGGUGGCGGCGGCGGCGAGAGCAGCGGCCCGGCGCUGGACUUUUUCACCCUCUCCAAAGACGAGGAGCGGGCGCAAGAGCCUCAACAAGACUCCAACGACGACGACAACGAUGACAGCGGGGAGGACAUCGCGCGGCUCAUGGCGCUGCUCGGCCUGUCGCCGCCGCCACGGGGCGGCGAGGACGGGCACGGCAGCGGCGGGUGCGAAUGCAGCGGCGGCGACGGGUUCUUGGCGAAGGUCGUCGGGGUGGUCGGACCCAAGUGCGACAAGGAGAAGAGGAGGGUCGAGGGCUGGAUCGAGCAUUACUGCGGCGAUGGCGGUGGUAGGUGCAGGGAGCCCGCGAGGCUGGCGCACCUGCUGCUCGCCAAGGCUUCGUGGUCCUGGGACGGAGAAGGGCCUGCGGAUGGAGCAGCCAUUGCGUUUCCUUCCACGGUCAAGGAGUUCUUGGACCGUGAUGCGCCACCGCGGUUGACGGAGGAGGACGAGCAGAGGGAUACAGAGUGAUGGUUGCAGUGUGUUCCCCAACGCAUAGUUCAGACUGAAAGCUUGUCUUCUGCAAGUUCCGAAAGCAAUGUGUUUGUGAGCAGAGUAAAUCAUAUGAAAACUUCUCCUACAUUAUAAAUUUAUUUACCAGAGUUGUCACUGACAAAAUUGUGUUUACCUGCAUUUUUCUCCACCGACAGCCCAUCGCUUCAUCUGAUACUUCACCCUGCAGGCGCAUAAGGCGCAUCUGCCAACCAUUUUUUUUUUUGACUGUGAGUCAUCUGCCAACCAUAAUUCAACAGUACAUGUGAAAUGUGAAGCUCGUUCUGCACCAUAUUCAUUGGAAAUCGCUUGGUAAAGAAGACUACUACUAUAAGGUUAAGGUACAAUUCUUAGGU